AUGUGCAAGGCCUAUGGAAUUGGUAAACUGCCCUAUGCACACUUGUUGACUGCUGUGUUUAAAGAGCUAGAGGUGAAUGUCACUAAGGAAAGCUCUAGGGCUGACUUGAUAGUGCUUAGAGAAAUCCAUUGGACAAUCGAUGGGAGAAAGACCAGAUUUGAAAAGGGUAAUUCUUUCACUGCUAAAGUUGAUUCUGGUUCUGGUAAUGAAGUUUUGAAUGAAAUUCAAGGGCUAAGAGCUGCUGUUAAUGACCAUUUUAGCUCAACAACUCAAUCUCUUGAUAUUCUCAGAAAAUUUGUAGAUGUUGUUGACUAUAAAGUGAGUCACCUACUCACUCAAAAUGAGGAGUUAAAGAAGUUGAUAAUGGACCUUCAGCAGGCCAAGGAAAUUGCAGCUCCAACUAAAGUUGAGGUUGGCACUCAGGUUUCUACUGAUAAGGGAGAAAGCAACAAAGUUGAAGAGUCUCCUGCUGAUAUAGCAUGUGAAAGUGGUAAACUUGCUGAAGCAGAACUUGAACCUGUAGUGGAUGCCCCUGAUGCGCAAGCUAGUGACCAUGAUGCACCUAAGAUUGAUCCUACAGCUGAUGUACCCACUGCACUUGAUGAUCCCAAGGUUGUAGAAGCUGCAAGUGAGUUACCCAAGGAAAGUGAAAAGGUUCCAGAAUCUGAACCCAUUGAGCCUGCUGCUCCACUAGUUGAACCUCCUCCUGCUCCACUAGUUGAACCUCCUCCUGCUCCACUAGUUGAGCCUGCUGCUGCUCCUACACAGCACCAGGAACCUUCCCUUAAAGACCACCAAGCCAGUGCUCAAACUCAGCUAUCUGCAGUUGCUGCCCCUGCAGCAAAGAAAGGUACGAAAAGGUACAAGUCAACCGUAUCAAAUCCGUACCAGACCCUCGCUGCUGCUCUUCAACCCCCUUCUGAAGAUGAUGAGGCCGAGAAAAAUGAUGAAGUGGCUGACCAAGCACCUCCGGCUCCUGUUAUUAAACUGCCUAGGAAGAAAAUGGUGCCUUCAAAAUCCACUCGCAGGAGUAACAGACUUAAAUAG